AAAAAACAUAAACGCCGCCUUCACGAACACGAUCUUUACUAGAAUAGCAGGUAUUAAGGUGUUCAACAAGACUCAACAAAGCCCACAGCCAAAGAACCACGAAGGAGUGCAAUUUCGACUUUGACCAGUGAUAUUCAGUUUGUUCAUUAUUGCCCUUUACGUUGGGGCGCCGGGUAUGUAGACUGGUGAAUUUUGGAAGAGAAAAUUUGAGUUGAGACGACAUAGUCUGGCGCAAUCGUAACACGUUAUUCUGUGCUAUGGCUGGCGUAGCCUCUGAUGCAGCCAGUCCACAGUCCAAAGGUGGGAAAACAAGGAAGGACUGGUGAAAGACGACGGCGAAAAUGGCGCUUCGGACAGCUGGGACUCGCUUGUGGCACUUAAACAGGAACUUUCUACGGACUGUCUCCAUUCAAACGCUCGAAGCUGUCAAAUUCAAACGAACCUGUCCAGUUGAAGUUAGUCAUUUGGAUCAUUUGGUUCUAACAGUGAAAAGUGUGCCAGACACCGUGAACUUUUAUACCACAGUCCUUGGCAUGGAGGACAUCACUUUCAAGGGAAACCGUAAAGCUCUGGGAUUUGGGCAGCAGAAGUUUAAUCUUCAUGAGGUGGGUCAGGAGUUUGAACCCAAAGCCAAGCAUCCAACGUCCGGCUCUGCAGAUCUGUGCCUCAUCACCCACACCCCUCUGGCCACAGUAGCUGCACAUCUGAAGACCUGUGGAGUUGAGAUAGAGGAGGGUCCGGUGAACAGGAGUGGAGCUGUGGGUGCCAUCACCUCUCUUUACUUCAGAGAUCCAGACCAAAAUCUCAUCGAAGUGUCAAGCUAUAAACAUCUAACACCAGAGUGAUCUUCUUGACCUUGUUUGUGCACGUAAAUGCAUCCAAUCAUUGCACAAUUAGAGUUCAAAAUAUGAAGUUUUUAGACAGACUAAAAGUACUGUAGUUCAAACAAGACAUGCACUGUUCUCAGAGCAGGGUGUAUAACAGUUGGUUGUGCAGAGACACUGUUCCUGUGUAGCAGUGCUGACUAGUGGUUGCUAUUUUGAUUAUGCAUAGAACAGGCAGUUGAGCUUUAUAACCACAUAGGACUUAUGAAGAUUUGUUUUUCACUGUGUGAAGAGGAACUGAACACAGUAUCAUUGAUUUUUAAGCUGAAAAUUAAAGGUUCUUCCGUGUGCUAAAGGCUCUGUUAUUUCUACUUUUUUAUUUAGCACAGUAUAAAUAACUCUUUAGAUUAUAGUAGUCUUUGUCAUUGUGUCUUCAUACUGUUGUUGUCUUUGUGAUUACUUAAGCCAUUCCUUUGUGGUGUUUUUUUUCUUUUCUAUCAAAUGAUGACUUAAUUUGAAUAGAGAAACAUUCUGUGUGGAAUUACAAAUAAAGUUGAAACAGUGAAAAACAAAA